GCGUAACCAAGCUGCCUGCCUUGCACACCCGAAUUUGCUAAGCUUCCAGGUCCGUCAGUUUCCCAGCUCACCCACCACCCCCACGAUAACAAACCGUGAACCCGCAUCAUUAGCUCGACUGAAACGCCACGACCGACAUUGAAGAGGAUCAAUCCCCGCAGCUUCCAGCGAUAAUAACCUCAGCUCGACAGCCGGCUUGCCGCCCGCUUGAACAAGUCUCGCCGGGCCAUCUCCCCGCAUUCAGCUCGAGCGCUCGAGACACCGGAAUUGACCAUGGCGCAAGAGAGCGAUCUGUCCAAGUCGGCGGCCGACAAGGGCAAGGGCAAGGGCAACGCGGUCCACGAUGGAACACAGAAGGACAAGGCCGGGCAGCCCGUGGCUAACGGCAAGAAGGACGACGACAAGGCCGAGUCCUCAGAAGAGCUCAGCGAGGAGGACCAACAGUUGAAGAGCGAGCUCGACAUGAUUGUCGAGCGGUUGACGGAAUCCGAUACGAGCCUGUACAAGCCGGCGCUCGAACACAUGAAGAACUCCAUCAAGACAUCCACCUCCUCCAUGACGGCGGUUCCGAAGCCCUUGAAAUUUCUACGGCCACACUACGAGACCUUGACGAGGCUCUACGAUGAAUGGCCAGCAGGCGACGACAAAAACUCGCUGGCCGAUGUGCUGUCUGUGAUUGGCAUGACCUACUCGGACGAGGAGCGCCAGGAUACCUUGAAAUACCGCCUCCUGGCGCCCACCCAAGACAUUGGCUCUUGGGGUCACGAAUACGUCCGCCAUCUGGCCCUCGAGCUUGGCGAGGUCUACGCGAAGCGCGUCGCCGCCGACGAGCCAACUGCAGACCUGGUCGACCUUGCCCUGGUCCUCGUGCCUCUGUUCCUCAAGAGCAACCAGGAGGCCGAUGCGGUCGACCUGAUGAGCGAGCUCGAGAUCAUCGAGCAGCUUCCCCAGUUCGUCGACGAGAACACAUACGGAAGGGUCUGCUUGUACAUGGUCUCGAUGGUGAACCUUCUCACGUACCCGGACAAUGAGCAGUUCCUCCGAGUGGCGCACGGCAUCUACAAGACUCACAAGCAGUACACGCAAGCCAUGGUGCUCGCCAUCAGGCUAAAUGACUAUGAGCUGAUCGAGGCCGAUUUCGAGGACGCGCCAGAUCCUGCCCUCAGGAAGCAGCUCGCCUUCCUGGUCGCCCGCCAGAGGAUAUGUCUGGACCCGCCCCGGGGGACCCAGGACGACGAAGAGAUCGUGGAGUGUCUCGGAAACGUGAAGCUGCCCGAGCAUUUUAAGGCGCUCGGCAAGGAGCUCAACAUCCUGGAGCCCAAGACGACUGAGGACAUCUAUAAGAGCCACCUAGAAAGCAGCCGUGUGGCCGGCAUGACGAACUUCGACUCGGCGCGCAACAACCUGGCGGCCGCCUUUGUCAACGCGUUCGUGAACGCCGGAUUCGGAAACGACAAGAUGAUGCUGGUCGAGAAGGACAAGGAGAGCUGGGUCUGGAAGACCAAGGAGGAGGGCAUGAUGUCGACCGUGGCCUCGCUGGGAACCUUGCUGAUGUGGGAUAUCGAGAACGGCUUGGAUCAGGUGGAUAAGUAUACCUAUCUGGACGAGGAACAGAUACAGGCCGGCGCCUACCUCGCGAUAGGUAUCAUGAACUCGGGCGUGCGGCUAGACUCCGAACCCGCCCUGGCCCUCCUGGCCGACAACGACAAGCUCAACCACAAGAACCCGCUGAUCCGGGUGGCCGCCAUCAUGGGCCUUGGCCUGGCGUACGCCGGCUCGGAAAAGGAAGAGAUCCUGACCUACCUCCUGCCGCUCAUUUCCGACACGAGCCAGGAGAUGAGGGUGUCGGCGAUGGCUGCCCUAGCCUGCGGGCUGGUGUUCGUUGGGUCCUCCAACUCGGAGGCCGGUGAGGCCAUCAUAAUGACCUUGCUUGACGACGAGCGGAAGAGCCAGCUCACCGACAAGUGGUCCCGCUUUCUCGCGCUCGGCCUGGGUCUGCUCUACUUCGGCCGCCAAGAGGAGGUCGACGUCGUCCUGGAGACGCUGAAGGUCGUAGAGCACCCCAUGGCGAAGGCGACAUCGGUCCUCGCGUCCAUCUGUGCCUGGGCCGGCACCGGCGCCGUUCUCAAGAUCCAGGAGCUCCUCCACCUCUGCAACGAGCACGUGGAAGAGUCGGACGAGAAGAAGGGCGACGAGUUGUUGCAGGCGUAUGCUGUCAUCGGUAUCGGCUUGAUUGCCAUGGGUGAGGAUAUUGGCCAGGACAUGGUCCUCCGCCAUUUCGGCCACCUCAUGCACUACGGCGAAGCCAACAUCCGGCGAGCAGUGCCCCUGGCGAUGGGCCUCGUCAGCCCCAGCAACCCGCAGAUGAAGAUCUACGACACGCUGUCGCGGUACAGCCACGACAACGACAACGACGUGGCGAUCAACGCCAUCUUCGCCAUGGGUCUCUUGGGGGCCGGCACGAACAACGCGAGGUUGGCGCAGCUCCUGCGCCAGCUCGCCAGCUACUACCACCGGGAUCAGGAGUCCCUCUUCAUGGUGCGCAUCGCCCAGGGUCUCCUGCACAUGGGCAAGGGCACGCUCUCCAUCAACCCCUUCCACACGGACCGCCAGAUCCUCUCGCGCGUGUCGGCCGCCGGCCUGCUCGCUGUCCUCGUGGCCAUGAUCGACGCCAAGCAGUUCAUCACGUCGAACUCGCACUACCUGCUCUAUUUCCUGGUCACCGCCAUGCACCCGCGCUUCCUGGUCACGCUGGACGAGAACCUCAAGCCGCUGACGGUCAACGUGCGCGUCGGCCAGGCGGUCGACGUGGUCGGCCAAGCCGGUCGCCCCAAGACGAUCACGGGCUGGCAGACGCAGAACACGCCGGUGCUGCUCGCGUACGGCGAGCGCGCCGAGCUAGAGGACGAGGAGUACAUCAGUCUGAGCAGCACCCUCGAGGGUCUGGUCAUUCUGCGCAAGAACCCGGAGUGGGACAACGGCAGAUAAGGAAUUGAAGCCCUGUCGCCGGAUAUUUGUGGGCUAGGACACCCAAGAUGGAUGUCCGAUUUCCCGGCAGGAGAAGAGAAGGGGACGGUGUAUGUGUACAGUACAAAAGCGAGCUUGGGCAGGGUCCUACAUAUACUGAAUGAAACGGCGGGACUCCCAACGGUACGCCCCCUCCCCCGCCCCAAAAGGCGUCGACUUUGGGGUUUUGAAAUGCAAGUGGUAGACAACACCAGAUGGAGCAUCAGUUCAACCUCAGUGCAAUGCACUCGCUUGUCCGCAGCGUGCGCUCAGCAGGGGCCAGUAAAUUUUGGUGUCAUUAAUCCUCCGUUGGCCUCU